UCUCUCUUUUCUCAACCUCUCAACGAUAUGUCAUUAAACUGACAGCACGUAGCUAAAAUUCCGAAGCACGUGUAGUUCUUCAUACACAUCGUUCAUCCAGUUAUAUUUAUUUUUAUAUUUUAUAUGUUUGUAAAUUUGUAAUUGUUAAAUCGGUUUUACGACAUGGAAAAUGUUAAUUUUGUACCUUGUGUUUGCUUUGUUAAACGAGGCGUUGCUAAAUCAAACCCCGACAAAGUGCAGCUUUCUAAAGAAGAAUUGGCAGAAAUAAUUAAUAAAGCAAAACAGGAAAUAAACGACCAUGAAAGCGAUAGUGAACAUUCUGGUGAUGAGAUGGUAACAGAUGAUAAUAAAGUAGCAAAUGAUGACGAUACUGCGAUGCUAGAUGAUGAAUAUAAAUUAAAUGAAUAUGAUAAAGAUGAAGAAUUGCCAAGUUCAGUUUUGGGAAUCGGUAGCAUUGCUCUUAUAGGAGAUGAGGAAACAGAAUCAUAUUUUAGCAGAAGAGAUCGUGAUGGGGAUCAUGAAGAUUCUGAUUCUGAAGCGGAAGAUGACAUUAUAAAGGCUGAUGAUAAUCUAGUUCUUGUGGGCCAUGUUGAAGGAGAUGCGAGUAUCUUAGAAGUAUAUAUAUAUAAUGAGAAUGAGGGUUCAUUAUAUGUGCAUCAUGAUUUGCUAUUACCCACAUUUCCUUUGUGCAUAGAGUGGUUAGACUAUGAUCCAUCUAAUCCAAAGCCAGGAAAUUUGUGUGCAAUUGGUACGAUGGAUCCAGUCAUAGAAAUCUGGGACUUAGAUAUCAUUGAUUGUCUAGAACCGGCAUUCAAAUUAGGAAGCAAAAAGAAAAAAUAUGGUCAUAAAGAUGCUGUAUUAGAUAUUGCCUGGAAUAAAAAUUAUCAUCAUAUCUUGGCUAGCGGAUCAGCUGAUAAAACAGUAAUGUUGUGGGAUUUGGAUUCUGGUCAAGUUCAUACAACAUUCUCAAAUGCAUCAGAUAAGGUCCAAACAUUAUCUUGGCAUUCUUUGGAACAUCAAACACUUUUAGUUGGUUCUUGUGAUGGUUACGCUCGAGUUUAUGAUUGCCGACAGACUGAUGGUGUUCAUAAGUCAUGGAAAGUGUCAGGAGAAAUCGAAAAAGUUGAUUGGGAUGCUCAUAACCCUUUCUGUUUUGGUGUGAGUACAAGUGAUGGUGAGGUUCAUUAUAUUGAUUGUAGAGUUGAAAAUGCAGUGUGGAAAAUCAAAGCCCAUGAUAAAGAAGUGACAGGACUCAGCAUUUCCAAAUAUUGUCCAGGCUUGAUGAUUACUGCUUCUAGUGACAAUAUUGUAAAGACAUGGGAUACAAAGAAUGGGGUACCUCAAUUGGUCUCCGAAAAAGAUAUGAAAAUUGGUGACAUUCAAGGCAUGGCGGUUUGUCCAGAAAAUACAUUUGUUAUAGCUUGCGGAGGAGAUAAUAAAUCAAAUAAUUUUGGAGUAUGGGACCUACGUGUGCAAGAACAAGUUCAAAAUACUUUUGGAGCAAGAGAUCUAAUAGCUGUUACGAAUUAAUUUGAUAAUAGAUUUUAUGCAUUCGUUAUAUUAAAUAAAAACUGAUUAAAAUUGAAUUUUCA